AUGACCGAAGCUGCAGAGCCACAAAAGGCCCCUGUGGUCGCCGAGGCCCACCUCGUUGAUACCUUCCGUCUCGAGGAGUACCAGAAGCUAUACAAGCAAUCCAUCACCGACCCCAAGGCCUUCUGGGGCACGCAGGCACGCGAGCUCCUGUCGUGGUUCAACGAUUUCCAGACCGUCUACUCCGGCUCCCUGGAGGGCGGUGAUAGUGCCUGGUUUGUCGAGGGCCAGCUCAAUGCCAGUUACAACUGUGUCGACCGUCAUGCCUUCAAGGACCCCAACCGCGUCGCCAUCAUCUACGAGGCCGACGAGCCCGGCGAUGGCCGCAAUGUCACCUACGGUGAGCUCUUGCGCGAGGUCUCGCGCACCGCCUGGGUCCUGAAGCAGAUGGGUGUGCGCAAGGGUGACACCGUCGCCAUCUACCUGCCCAUGAUUCCCGAGGCCAUCAUCGCCCUGCUCGCUUGCGUCCGUAUCGGCGCCGUCCACUCGGUCGUCUUCGCCGGGUUCUCCGCCGAUUCCCUCCGCGACCGCGUCAUUGACGGCAACUCCAAGGUCGUCAUCACCACGGAUGAGGGCAAGCGCGGCGGCAAGUUGAUUGGUACCAAGAAGAUUGUCGACGAUGCCCUGAAGCAGUGCCCCGACGUCUCCCACGUCCUGGUCUACAAGCGCACCGGCGCCGAUGUGCCCAUGACCAAGGGCCGUGAUUGGUGGUGGCACGAGGAGGUCGAGAAGUGGCCUUCCUACUUCCCCCCCGAGCGCGUUAACUCCGAAGACCCCCUUUUCCUUCUCUACACUUCCGGUUCUACCGGCAAGCCCAAGGGUGUUAUGCAUACCACUGCAGGCUACCUGGUCGGUGCCGCUGCCACCGGCAAGUACGUGUUUGAUAUCCACGAGGGCGACCGCUACUUCUGCGGUGGUGACGUUGGCUGGAUUACCGGUCACACCUACGUUGUCUACGCCCCUCUGCUGCUCGGUGUGACGACCGUUAUCUUCGAGGGCACACCCGCCUACCCCAACUUCUCGAGGUACUGGGACAUCAUCGCGAACCACAAGGUCACCCAGUUCUACGUUGCCCCCACCGCUCUUCGUUUGUUGAAGCGUGCCGGCGACCAGCAUGUCAAGGGCGACAUGAAGCACCUUAGAGUACUCGGCUCCGUCGGCGAGCCCAUUGCCGCCGAGGUCUGGAAGUGGUACUUUGAGGUUGUUGGCAAGGAGGAGGCCCACAUUGUGGACACAUACUGGCAGACCGAGACCGGCUCCAACGUCAUCACUCCCCUAGCUGGUGUCACGCCCACCAAGCCCGGAAGUGCCUCGUUGCCCUUCUUCGGCAUUGAGCCCGCCAUUAUCGACCCCGUUUCCGGCGAAGAGAUUCACGGCAACGACGUCGAGGGCGUCUUGGCCUUCAAGCAGGCCUGGCCCAGCAUGGCGCGCACUGUCUGGGGCGCUCACAAGCGUUACAUGGACACUUACCUGAACGUCUACAAGGGCUACUACUUCACCGGUGACGGUGCGGGCCGUGACCACGAGGGCUUCUACUGGAUCCGUGGCCGCGUCGACGACGUCGUCAACGUCUCCGGCCACCGUCUCUCAACGGCCGAGAUCGAGGCUGCGCUCAUCGAGCACCACUCCAUUGCCGAGGCCGCCGUCGUCGGUGUCGCCGACGAGCUUACCGGCCAGGCCGUCAACGCAUUUGUCGCCCUCAAGGACGGCAACGAGGCCUCGGACGCGCUCCGCAAGGAGUUCAUCAUGCAGGUGCGCAAGAGCAUCGGCCCCUUUGCGGCGCCCAAGGCCGUCCACAUCGUACCGGACCUGCCCAAGACCCGCUCCGGCAAGAUCAUGCGCAGAAUUCUGCGCAAGAUUCUGGCCGGUGAGGAGGACCAGCUUGGUGACGUGACGACUCUUUCGGAUCCUUCCAUUGUCGACAAGAUUAUCACCAUCGUUCACGAGGAGAAGAGGAAGAAGUAA